AGAGGAUUGGAGGAAGCUCGGUAGCUGACGCGGAGGAACUGAGAGAGUGGUCGAUACCCCGAUUAGCAAAUGGCAGAGCAGAACGAUUCAAUGUCAGCCAUGGCAAUCCAGAUAUGCAAUCAGAUACAAUUCGUAUUGUCGCAGGCAACUGAGGAACGUUCAGCGCUGGAGGUAAUGGUGGAAGAGAUCACAGGAGCGGCAGCCAGAAGUGGACGCGUGUUCGUGAACGGCGUGGGUCGCGAAGGUCUGAUGCUCAAGGCCCUGUGCAUGCGUCUCGCCCACCUGGGCCUCUCCGCUCACUGCGUCGGCGACAUGACGACUCCUCCCAUCUCAUCCCAGGAUCUCCUCAUCACCUCCGCCGGCCCCGGUUGCUUCUCCACCGUCGAUGCCAUCUGCGGUGUCGCCCGUUCCAACGCUGCUCGCGUGCUGCUACUCACAGCUCAACCCAAAUCAGGGUCAGCCGCCCAAUACGCCACCGCGAUUGCUUUCCUUCCAGCGCAGACCAUGGCGGACGAUCAUCAGCCUCAGCUGCAAAGCGGUAAUGAACCGCAGUUGCUUCCGAUGGGAAGCCUAUACGAAGGAGUGAUGUUUGUGUUGUUCGAGAUGGUGGUGUUCAGAUUAGCCAAGGUUCUUGGUCAGACCCCCGAGGCCAUCCGAUCCCGCCACACCAAUCUCGAAUAGGAAGCGAACUCGAAAAUCAUCGAUGAAUGUACUCUUAAAACUCCUUUUCUGUAAUAUCUUGAACAUAAUUGAUUCUAGCUGUGCGAACUCUCUCGAACUAAUGAAUAGAAACCUAUGAAGUUCUACUCCGUACCA